AUUUUCCGUAUCGAUUAAUCUGUGUAUUUUCUUGCAUCGGCGCAAAUUUUAUUAUCGGAAUUUUAGAUUAUUUAGAUUCAAACGUGUAAAAAUGUCGAAUUCCCACGAAAAUAGUGUGAAAAUUAACCCAGAAAAAGUCCCGUUGGAUACAGACCAAGGUAUAUUAGAAAGUGAAGAGAGAAAAUGGGGAAUCCCACUGAAAGAAGUAUAUAAACAUGGACUUGCAUUUUACAAAGACAAAGACGGCAAAGCUGUCCACCUGAGUUAUGAAGACAGACUGAAGCUGGUGGCGUACACACAACAAGCAUCCCACGGACCACUGGAUGUGAACUCGGCAUCCCCGCUGGGAGUCUUGGACGUGAUUGGUCGGGACCGCCGGGCCGCAUGGCAGGCUCUGGGACAAAUGUCACAUGUGCAGGCUAUGGCAGGGUUCAUACACACUUUGGACAGACUCUGCCCCCUUUUCAAGCCAACCAUUGAAGCUAUUCAAAAGGAUUUAGAAGAAAAGAAAAACCAAGAAAUCAAGCAAAUGGAAGAGAAAAUGGCCGACAUAGAACUACAGAACAGAAUAACAGCUGAAGAGGAGAAGCAGCUCACUAUCAAACAAACAGAGGAACAACAAGUGCAAAGAAUAAAGGACGCACUUAACGCACAAACCUACGAUCAGUUCUUGAAUUACGCGCAACAACAAUACCCGGGCAACUUCGACCAACAAGCCAUCCUCAUUCGCCAACUUCAAGACCAACAUUACCAACAAUACAUACAGCAGUUGGCCGUCGAUCAACGUUUGGCCAAUACCAACUUACAGACCACACAGGAUUAUGAGAAUCAGACCGAGAAAGAAACACAGAAGGACUGUAAUCUGAAUGAGACAGAGAUAGUUGGCGAUACGAUAUAUGAUAAUUCCAAUUCCAAAUCAAUGCAGACUUCGGAGAAGACAGACGUGACCGACGUUUCGGACGUUGCGGAGGCUAAGGAGGACGAGGAUUCAGACGAUGACGGCUUCCCGCCCGUGGAAGAAGCUCGUAUGUGGACGCGGCCCGACGUGGCCCACUUCAAGCAGUCGGCGCGAGCGGGCGGCGGCCAGCUGACUGUGGGCCACGGGGAGACCGUCACACUGAGGGUGCCGACACACGAGAAGGCCACGUGUCUGUGCUGGGAGUUCGCUACCGACCAUUAUGAUAUAGGGUUCGGUCUGUUCUUCGAGUGGAGCAAGUCCGCGACCAGCGAGGUCACCAUCCACGUGUCGGAGAGCGAUGAUGAUGAGGACGGUGAUGAUGACGGAUACGGAGAUGAGGAGUACAACGCGAGCAGCGACCCGGAGACGGGCCCGCACUCGCGCGAGAGCAGCGCGCUGACCGCGAGCCGGCCGCCCGUGUCCGCCGUCGUGCCCAUCUACCGCCGCGACUGCCACACCGAGGUAUACGCAGGAUCACACACAUACCCCGGCGAAGGAGUCUACCUACUGAAGUUCGACAACACAUACAGCCUGUGGAGAUCCAAAACAUUGUACUACAAGGUAUACUACACACAGUAAACGGCUGAUUUACCAUGACAAGUAUUAGCAGCGAAUUUAACGGUCACUCACUGGAAAUACAGGAUUUCUGCUUUAUUUAUUUAUAUUUUUUUUACUAUGCAAGUUAUUCCGUAUUUGCUGAACGUAUAAGAAAGGUAUUUUUAAGUUGUUUAGUUCGCAGUAAAAGUUAUUGCCCGUGGAACAUUUGAUUUUUAAAACAUCAUCUAAAACUUGGGCUAAAACAAAUAUUUUUUUAUGUUGAUACACUUAAUACAUACACAUAAUUAAGUAAAUUUUAUUGAUGUAUGUAAGUAAAUGUCUAAUGUUGAAAUAUCAUCUGUGUAAUCUGCAAAACCAGCAGGCCUAAUAUUUACACGUGGAAAACCUCUUAUUUACUAUAUUUUUAUUACUAGAGAACUGCUGUAUGUUGUUUUGUUAAACUUGACCUUAACAUAUUUAAAAAAAAAACAUUUUAUACGAGGGUUUUGUGACCAAAAAAUAUGUGUGAUAUUUUCUCACUUCUUAAUUACUUAUAACAUUUAUAUCUAAUAUAUUCCAGUCAGAUCGUAAUAUACUUGAUUAUGAAUAUCGGUAUUAAAUACUUGCGCUUGAGUCACAAAUUGUGUUAUUUUAUAUUCGUUGCAUAAUGUGUUCAGCUAUCAUAUAAAAUUACUGUACUUUAAAAUCUACGCAUCACAUUUUAUUUAACAGACUGUAUGUAAGUAGUAGGUACUUAAUUGCAAAAGCACUUCAAAAUUGUCUAUUCCGUGUUAUUUCUAUUAGAUAUUUAUCUUCAGAGUGAGGCGUAUAUUUAAACACAUGUUUAAUUGUUUAGUAUACUGUUAGUGUGACAUAGUACGAUCACAUUAGUAUUACUGUGGCAUUUAUGUGUAGUUUCUAAUCAUAAUAAUAAUCGAUCGUUUUAUGUCUCCCUAUUUAUUUUGUUUUUAUAUACCCGUAGCUGCCAUUCAUUUUAUAUGGAAUAUGUAGAUAUAAGCUACAUGAAAAAGUAUUAAACUAAUAAAAUGACAGUCAAGAAUGUAUGGCACUGUUAUAUUAUUUUGAAAAGUAAAUGUGAUCAUAUUUUUAUUUAUUUAAUACCCUAUGUGUUGUUUUAAUUUAUCGUAUUUUAGAAAUCACUUGUCUAUGUAUUUUAUAACUGUAAUAAAGUAAAGUAAUUAUUUAUGAAAUGUUGUAAA